GCCAGUCACAUCACCAUCACUCUGGCGGUACACAAUGCCUAGUGCAGUGUAAGCAGUUGGUAGAGCAGAGAGCUCAGACUGCGAUGUGUGGAAAAUGCUAGUGGAGGCAGACAAUGCCGCAGUCCGAGGCCUGACCAGCCCUCGGAGGGGCAGGGGUCGCCUCACUGCGCCGACAGCCCCCCGCCGUCUCCCUCCUUUGCUCCUCUUAUUGCGACCUGUCACAGGAUGGGAUCGGGGAGCACAAUAAAGUUCGCCCUCUGCGAGGUGCUGCAGUUCGCGGGCCUGUGCGUGCCGCUCUUCAUCGUGAUGCAGAGAUUCGCCGUCAUCGUGGCAACGGUCAAAGCGUCUGCGCAGCCCCCCGGUGACACCAGCACGGCCUACUGGCUGAUCGUGGCUUCGUCCAUCGCGUACGUCACCUCCACGGCCCUGCUGGUGUGGGUGCCCCUGAAGUACAUGGUGUUUGCGAAGAAGAAGUUCAUCGUCGGGAGGAAGAAGUGGAGGCCUGUGGCCCUGGUAUAUGUAAUCCUGUCCACGUUACCCUGCUUUGCCUUUCUCAUCGCCAGCUCAGAGGUUCAGAUAAACAACAAACUGAAACACGACACGUUUACGGAGCUCCCCGUGUCUUUGGUCUUCUUCUCCUUAAUCUGCCUUGAUGUCAUGGAGAGGAUCCGGCACUGCAGACUGACCGGACAGGCCAAUGAAAUGAGAAGAAAUGCUGAAAUCCCCUCUACUGUCCUAACUCACGUGGAACCACUAACACCAGCCUCCCCAGUUGCUCCGGCCGUGUCAGGACCAGGUGUGUCAGGGCGAGCCAUGUCGGGGUCAGCUGUGCCCGGCCCAUCUACGUCUCGGCCACCUAUGCACGGGCAAGCUGCGCCCAAUACUCUUCAGCCCGGAGCAAGUCAUCUGAACGACAGAAACCACUCCAGAGCAGGAAUGCGUGCAGAGACCAACGGAGCAGUUCCCCGAGUACCGGAGACCUCUGAACUAAACUCACCAAUAAUGAGCGGUCCAGCUUAUUAUGUAUCUCCAUACACCAACACGGGUCCUCUGAGGUUCCUGUGUGUCAGUGACGCCCGGGCAGACGUGUUUGUGGACAGCUUUAUGUUCUGGAUGGAUACGGUGGAGAUGGUGAGGGUGGCAGGACAUCCUUUGGUCUACUACUCCGGCUGGGUCUUUCCCAUCUACAUCUUCAGCUUUGUGUCCUGCCUGCGUGUGGUGGUCAUGCCCAAUACCCCUCUUCUCUCUUCUUUAGGGGUCGCUCUGCAGGACUUACCCUUCUUCUUUGUCCGCGUCGGUCUCAUAGCAAUCUUCGGCUUCGUCACACCCGUCCUCUAUCUGAUGAAGAAUCUGUUGGUUUGUCUGGCAUUUGUCUACUUUAACUUCAUGACCAAACUCAGAGUAUUUAACACAGAGAGGAUGUUCUUUUGAUACCACCAAUGCAAAUACCACCAAGAUCGAUUUGGUCCACCAGCACGGGCGGCUGAAGCUGAUGGAUGAUUUUAGUUUUUAAUUAGGGCAAAAUUAUUACGGAAACGUUAAAAUCCUACAAU